GUCAUAUUGCUAUUAUGGAUUCAAGGUUAUUAAAUGUAGUCUAUGAUGAUCCGUUUGACGGAAAUUUUACAAAAUAUGACAAUGAUACAGAUUUUUGGUCCAGUGGAGCGAGCGAUACCAUGGGUAUGCAAUUAACAGAGACAUUGCAUGGCAUAUUGCCCAUAGCGCCAACCGAUGAUUUUGGCAAAGAAGAAAAUGUAAACGCGUUGGGCUUACAGAGUGGUAACAAAAAUGCGUUUUCGUAUGAAGAUUUUGCUGGACAGCACUUAACAGCUGGUGGUGCCAUUGAAAUAGUAACGGUUGAUCCGAAUGCUGAUGGCUAUGACAGUGAUGAGAGUGACGACGACGAUGAUGAGGAUGAUGAUGAUGGUGACGUUAUUCAAACUAAUGCUGUACAUCAUAAUGGUCUAAUUGAAUUUGAUCGACAAAGCCAGUGCAGCAAUUUAACAUUUCGUACAAGAACAGAUAGUUCUUCCAUUGGAGACUAUGAGUCACACACAAGUGAUUAUGAUGAUAGUGACGAUGAGGAUGAUGACGAUGAUGAUGAUCAUCUCAUUUCACCUGAUGAAAAUCUAAUUUUGGACACAACAUCGUAUCAUAAAAAUCGUACUAUCAGUACAAAUACCAUUAAUUCCGAUGUCGAUGGUUUGGGUUUGAAUAUCGAUGCCAGUAAUUUUGAUUUAGCUGAGUUUAUAACUAAAGAUGAUUUUACGUUAAAUCCCAUAAAUGAGGACGAUGACGAUCUAUCAUCAAUUGCAAUAACAAAUCAUGGCAUAACAGCAACAGCAGCAACAACAACAUCAUCUUUAGCUUCCUCGUCAGGAGGAGCAGCAACAAAAACACUAAUUUCAUCAUCGAAAACAAUUGAUUCCGAUUCAGAGUCGGAUAUAAUUGUUGAUGUGGAAACCGUUGAAGCUGAUGAUGAUGAUGACAACUCAUUGAAUUCGCUGAGAAAAGCAUCGGAUCUAUUAAAACCACAAAUGGAAAUGGCGGCGGCGCCUGCGGUAAUGGAACCAUUAAAGCCACAACAACAAGAGCAGCAGCAAGAAGAAGAUAUAACAUUUGUUGAUAAUACAACAAAAGACCCCUCCUGGAGUCCACCGGGACCCCAACAAACGUCGAAGAAACUGGAAAGUGUUAAAAAUGAGGAAAAAUCAUCAAAGUCAUCGACACCCAACAGAAAUAUUACAUUAGUUCCUAAUAAAAAACAAUGUGACCUAUUAAAGGGGAAAUUUGGCAAGGGUAAAGCGGCAAAGGUGGUCAACCACCAGAAACCACCAGCAAAAGUAACAAAAACCAAUCCCAACGCAACAUCAACUGCUGCUACUCAUCCUCAUUCUGCUCCUGCACAGGAAAGAAAAACCGGCAUUGGUAUGGGUGGAAAAAAUUUAGCCUUGUUGCGGUAUCAUGAACGUAGCAGCAGUAGUAUAUCGGAACCCAGUUCAGAAGAAAAUACAACACCUAUUAAAAUUCAAAAUCCCAUAAAAAUAGAACAGAAGGCGGCUCCAUUAAUAACAACAACACCAUCAACAACAAUGCAAGUACAUAAAAAAGAGCAACAGGAACAAGAGACAACAGCAACAACCUCACCUCAAAUGUGUAAAAGCAAUAGGGCUGCAACAACAACAACAAGCUCACCUCAAAAGGUAUCAGGUGCAGCCGCAGCAGCAGCAUGUAAGAGGAAAUUAAAUUUAGAAGAAUAUAAAAAGAGACGUGGAGAUACAACACCAUUGGCAAUGCUACAAGAAGCUAAAACAAAAUUACAAUCUUAUAAAAUUCCAAAAUUAGAAGAUAAAUCGACGACAAAUAAACAAAUUACCCCGACAACACAACAAACACAAAAACACAGCGAAGCUGUUAAAUCGGUUGUCAAAACCCUCAAAGAGCAACAACAACAGCAACAGCAACAAAAAAUCCAAGUUGUAGAUCCCAUUACCGAGGCUAAAAACAAAGUUCUACGCAUGCAGGAAUUGAAAAAGGCCCAACAAAUGCGCAUUAUUGACUCCACAAUAUCGGCAAAGGUACCGCGCGUCACAAAACUUCCACCACUCAGGGAAAUUGUAAAGGAUUCACCCUAUUUCAAUGAUGCCGACAAUGCCACACAAUCUUUUAAAUGCCAUCCCGACUACGAAGAAAUUAUCAUAGUCUCGGCUAGUUGUAAUACAGACAUUUCAAUACCACCCAUACCGAAUUCCAGUAUACAACCUGUAAAUACAGCCACCAGAUCGUUGCUUAAAUCUUCAGCAUUGCUAUCGUCCAUUACCAACACGUUCCAAAAAGUCAAAGCUGUUGAUAAUGGCAAAAUAUCGACAAGUUCCCUUAUUGCUAGCAUACAGGAUGUGGUGGUGAAGAAAACCUUACCGGUUGAGAAUAGUGACGAGGACGCCAACAACACAACCUCCUCCGCCUCAAAUGAUGCUCAACAAAAGUCCGAACAACAUGGUGAGGAUAAAAUCAUUAUGCACUUGCGUAAGGAUAGAAUACGAAAACGUACCUCAACCAUAGCCAUACAAACUGAUUUGCAACCAGAAUUUCCACCGCUGCCAUUGCCCAAAGGCGCCAUGCAACAUAAAUCUCGUGAACGUAUGCGCAAACAUCGCAAACGUCAAUAUCGCAAACACAAGGACACCACAUUGUCAUCAUUAUCUUCGGAAUAUUCAUCCGAUGAACAAUCGGAUCAUUCCAAUGCAUCAUCGAUUUUACGUUCACGUGAUAACAGCUCCUCAUCGUCUAUCGAACGAAUGCGUACCUAUGACAGUGCCAUUGGAACUGGUGGUUAUUCCUCAAGAAGUAGUCGUAAACAUCGUAGCUCUAUGUCAUCAUCGUAUUCUGAAUCGUUAGAUCGUGAGGCUCGAGGUCGUCGUCAACGGCGUACAAGUUACAAACAACGUUCGUCGCGUAAACUUUCAUCCGGUUCACCGUACAGCAGUUCCACGUCAUAUACAUCCGAUUCUGAUCGUUCUCGCAGUCCAUUAUAUAGGCGUUCACGUAGCCGAUCAACAUCACGCGGCGAUGGUUCACGUUCGAGACGUUCAAGUUAUCGUCAGAAUAAAAAGAAUUUUGUCGAUCGCAAUGUCUCACAACCAGCGGUCGAAGAACGUCGUAUUGUCUACGUUGGUCGCAUCGAACAGGAAACGACUAAGGAUAUGCUGAGGCGUAAAUUUUUACCCUAUGGCACAAUUAAACAAAUUAGCAUACACUAUAAGGAUACGGGCAUGAAAUAUGGAUUUGUGACAUUUGAAAGAUCACAGGAUGCAUUCAAUGCCAUCGAUAAUAGUACACGUGAUCCGCAGAUAAAUAUGUAUGAUGUCAGUUUUGGCGGUAGAAGAGCUUUUUGCCGGGCAUCUUAUGCUGAUUUGGAUAAUGCCGGCAUUAAUACCUAUCAAUCGUAUGUUUUUCCACAACAACAACAGCAACCCAAAGAAGAAGAUUCAUUUGAGGCUUUACUUAUGAAAAUGAAAGCAAAAUUGAGUGCUAAUAAAAAUACAACAUCGGCGGCACCACAAUCGUCAUCAUCGUCACCAACGAUACCUUCGUCAUCAUCUACGUCUACAACAACAACACCUUUGGCCAGUACAGAUAAUACAAACACCAAUAACAAUAACAAAAUUGCCAAUGGUAAAAUUUGA